AAUCGGAGUAGGAUGGCUGAUAUAUGUGGUUAUUUCGCUCUUACUGAACAGCAAUUCAGGCAUGGAGCUAACAACCAUGGAAUAGGAUUCGGGAAUCGACCAUUGGUUAGCAGGCAACGAAAGGCAGUGCUGCACGUGUCAGCGAACGAGGGCCUACCGGCAUUGCUCACCACAAUUUAUGCUGAACGUUAGCCCAAUAUAGGCCUGAAAAAAGAGGUUCAGCGUCUUCCCAUUGGCCUUACCCGAAUUCAGACGGUGACGUAGCCUGACGUUGCACAACCGUGAACGUAAAACUUUUAGCCUAAGGCUUGUGCCUAUGGCUUAUGCUUGACAGACCUGACCAUGGAUUACGGAACUCCUGCCAUCGUUUUCAGCCUGAUGAUCGUAUCACUGGAACUUGUGAAACAUUGUCAAGGUUUGAACACACAAGUGGUAUCAUGUGGGUCAGUUAUGAAGCUGGUGAAUGUGGCUUAUAAAAUGAGGUUACAUUCCCAUGAUGUGAAGUAUGGGAGUGGUAGUGGACAGCAAUCAGUCACUGCAACUGAAGUUAAAGAAGAUGUCAAUUCACAUUGGGUUGUCAUGGGAACAAAGACCAAGCCUUGCCAAAGAGGGUCUGUUAUAAUUUGUCAAAACUUUGAGUUUCUUCAUGUAGCUUUUCUGCUAUACUUUAAUAAGGAGAACAGAGAAAUCCCUAGACUUAAGAGGUUUGGCUACCAGAGCUGUGCUUAA